AUGAUUGUUAGAAUACAAUUAAAUUUAUUAUUAGCUUCUAUAUUAGCUUUUUCGAUUUUUUUUAAUUUCGUGAAUUCAAGCUCUACAGCCAAUGCCCAAAUCAAACACGUAGAAUCUAUAAAGGACAGCAUAUUUGAGGAUAUAUUAACUCAGAUGAACCUAACAAACGAAAAAAUAUUAAAGGAUGAGCAAUCAGAUUUAUACUAUAUUUAUUUUAAUGAAACAUCAGCUAAUGAACAUGACAAAUGUCAUAACCAAAUAAAUACACUUAAAUUUGUAAAUAAAACACAUACAUGUUACAUAUUAGGAGAUAAAAAUAGCAAGCUUUUUGAUGAGAUUUCAAUUAUAAUGAAUCAAGACAACAAUUCAACUGAAAAAAUAUAUCUGGAAGAUCUAUACAAUAUUAAAAAUAUAUCAGAAAUUACUGAUAAAUUAGAGUUUGAGAAUAAUACUUCAAACAGCUCCGAGUUACAAAACCAACCAAAAUUUCGUUCACUAGCGAGAUUUCAAGAAUUAAACUAUAACGAAAUCAAUUAUAGAAGAAAUAAUUUAAAGAGAAGGUAUUUUGAUGAUGGUAUUGAUGAAAGUAAACUUUCAAAAAAGGAAAGGAAAAAGAGAAAAAAAAGACAAAAGAUGCUUAAAAAGAGAGAGAAGGAACUCAAGGAAAAAAGGAAAAAGUAUAAAUCCCCUCUAGAUAAGUUAAGGUCUACUGUGAAGUGGAUGGCAUGCAUAGAAAUAUCGUUGGCUGUUUGUGGCUGUUGUUUGACUUUAGUACAAGCAUUUGUCCUUCCAUUUAUUUCGCCAAUUCCAUUUGGAUCGAGAAUUCAACCUAUUAAUGGACAGCAAAUUAGAGGAUUUGAGGACUACGGCUUUUACAACGGUUUCCAACAAAAUAAUGGUAUUUAUAAUGGUUUACCACUAAAUAAUGCGAACAUGAAUAUAAAUCAUGUUGGUUGUAAUAACAAUUACAAUUCUAACAGCAAAUUAGGUAGCUUAAGAGAUACUUUAGGCGUAAAUGGAAAUAUUUUAGGGGGUAGUUUAUUAGGAAGAAUACAGCAAUUGCAGAGAAAUGGAAAUGCAUAA